CUCCAAAGAUUUUCAGAAAUACUUGUAAAUACGUGCGUCGUACCCAAGAAAUGUAGAAAUUUACCAUUUAAUGAAAUUGUGUAGAGUCGUUCAGUAAAAUUUAUGCAAAAUUUCAGAUUAUUGGCAUUCAAAACUAUCUCCGUAUACGGUGAAACGAACUCUCAGACGCAAAUAUAUAUUUAACAGAGCCACGAGCUUCGGUAAUUCGUUUACUUGGUUUAGAGUGUGCGUAUGUGUCAACAGUGUGUGGAUUAACCCAUGAAACGAAUUGUAUAGCAGUCGAAACGAACAUCAAUAAAUUUCCAAAGUGUUUAUUUCUCUUUUCGAAAGUAAAUACACCGUACGUCUAAGUGUUCCCUUUACUCAAAGGUAGUAGGAUAUUAUUUGAAAUUUAACAAUAGCGCGAAACGCACAGUGUUACAACAAUAUACUUCUCGAGUCAAACCAUCGGUUUAUACGUUCUACUGUUUCGUUCAAAUUAUCUAUGAAAGCUUCGAUUGAUUCUAAUCUCAAAAACUGAAAGCUGUUGAAAACCAGAAAGAGAUUUUGGAAGUAUAUUUGAUAUAUCUCGAAGAAAAUUAAGUGAACAGUGUAUAUACCGUGUGCAUGAGUCCCGGCAUCGCGAGACAGUAUUCUUAUUUUUAAAAUUUCUUUUAUAAAACGUUGUAUACUGAUCGUGUAAGAUGCAUAUUGUGUGUAAAUGUUUGAACGUGUCCAUAAAAUCGAGGGGCACUGAACUGCAAAAGGUCAACAUCGACGAUAUUGAAUUGUCACCUCAAGAUCAGGUCGACGGUUUCUUUGGUCAGAACCUUGCAACAAUAUCAGAACUUGAAGGUAUCACUAAAGAACAACCAGGUUUAGUGGAGAUAAGGAAUGUAGGAUCAUGGGUUAUUCACCGUUGUUAUAAUUGUUCAAUGUACACACAUGCUGUACAUAGAGACUAUGGUGCUGCUUUAGUUCUUAUUAACCGUGAUAUUGUUACUUCACCUGAAGAAAUAAACAAGUUAAAGUCCAGUCCAGAUUAUAGUCCAAUAUUUAGAAUAAUACUUCCUUGUAAUACUUUGGAUGAAUUUGAUUACCUUCAGCAGCCCACCAAAUUUUCUGUAUCACAGUUACCCGUCAAUGUACAAAUGGCUUUGGGUAAUCUCCAAAAGCAGCUUGAAGAAGCUGUCCAACGACAGUCUGCAGAAAUAGAAGAUAAAAUUCGUGCUUUCACAGCAGAGCAGUAUCAACUAUUAGAGCAGUUUCGUGAAAGAGCUCAUAAGGAGCAUAGAAUUUUGACAAGCAGGUUAAUAUCCAAAGGAGAAGAAACAAGUAGAUUAACAAACAAUAUAGAAACACCUCCUACAACCCCAGAUAGCUUUACAACCAGUUUAACUACCUCUGCAACUAAUAUGGUAAACCCAACAUCGCAAAUAAUAUCUAAUGAAACAAAAAUUGUUACUGGUCCUAAUGUUAAACAUGAAGCAGCAGGUGCUAAAUAUUCUCCUAAUUCUCUUGUUAAUGGUAAUGUGGAUAAGAAAGAUCGAUUAUACAUAUAUACUAAAGAACCAACUAGUUUUGACACAGAAGCUUUAUUUCCUUUGGAAGGGAUGGAAGAUUCUCAUACUACUGAUCCUGUUCAAUCUUCUGAAGAAGGGUCUGACACGGAUGAUUCUGGCCAAGAUGAAGGUAUUCAUAUGCCAAGAGGACAGAGAGGUGGUCAUCCCACGUUAGCUAAAUCAUUACCAGUUAGUGUACCAUCUUUUCCACCAUUUGUGCAUAGAACAGUUCAAGAUCAAGAUGGUGAUCAGUUGUCAAGAGAUCCACAUGAUCCACAUAAUAUACGAGCUUCGAUUAAAGCUUUAGCUAAGAGUGUUCAUGGUGAUACAGUAUUUGGAGACUUGCCACGUCCUCGUUUCUCCACUCAAAUCUGACUUUGCAACAAUUUUAAAGACAAAGAUUGAGUUUAUGUUAAAAAAACAAUAUACAUAUAAAGUACCUAUUGUUCGUAAUUUGUCUUUCAGUGAAUGCUACAAAAGAUUGAUGUAUGCAAAGACAGAAAUAAAUAUAGAGGUCUAUAGGGAGUAUCGAUAUUUUGCAUAUUUUGAAUACAUUCUAAAGUCAACAAAUAUUUCAAAUUAUGGCUUUGUUAAUUUGUUCAAUUACUUUAUACAAUGAAAAGAUUUUUAUACAUGCGUGUAUUUGAGGCUAUAUAAUAGAUGUGUUAUAUUACAUUUAUUUACAUCAUCCAUCGUGUAAUGUAUAAUUUAACGAAAUUUUUAGAUUUCAAAAAGCAGUACAACGUGAGAUUUAUGAUGCCAUAUCUGAAAUAAAAUCGAUCUAGAAAUAAAUUAAGAAACAGCAAAGAAAGUUUCUUAUGUAUCAAUCAGUGACUAAGCUAUUGAAACGAUAAUUUUACGAUGAUAGUUAUUAUUUUUACAACGUACUAUUAUCAUUAGCUAUAGAGAAACUCAUUAUAAGUUAUGUCAAUAACUUUAAUAAGAAAUUAUUGUUAUAGAUUGCACACAUGUUAUACAUAAUAUUUCACUACAUUACAUCAGUGCUCGAUAUUUGUUUUGUUUUUCUAAAAUAUCAUUUUUAUCAGAUAAGAGAAUUAUGCUAUGCAUCUUUCAUAUAGAUUCUGUUAUGCUUUUAUUAUUAUUAUUAUGGUUUACAUCAAAUUGCAUUUAGUGUAUCUAUAUAAAAUGUUUGUGAAGUAUCCAUUUGAAAAACAACAUCGUAAUGUCACAAGUGACUAUUUUCCAUUACUUUCAAAUAUAAUUUUUCGAAAUGUUCAUAUGAAAAAUUUACUCAUUUUUUUGGUUUAUUAUGUGAUUUAGUGUGUCUUUAGAUAUAUAUAUUUUGUGUCCAACAUUUGACUAGCUUAUAAUUCAUAGUUCGAUUACCAGUGAAUUUGAAACUAUUGCAAAAAGUAAAGGUUAUGAUUGCAGGGAAUAUUUUUACUUAUAUAUUGUUCUUGUAAACGUAUAUACGAGGCGAAUUUAAAACAGUAUACAAGUAUAUAUAGAAAUGUAUGUAAACUAUGUUAAUAGAUAAAAAAACUAAUUUACGUACGUUUCUAUAUAAACACGUUAAAUAAUGGUAAAUGCUACAAUAAAUAGUUUUACAUUACUUCUAUAUUUUGAAUUUGCUUCAAGCCACUUGCUGUGUUACUUUUUCAUAGAUUUAUAUCAUUAGUUCUUUAAGGUUUAUAAUUUUUGUACGAUUCAACAAUCAUGUGAUAAGCAACAAGUUACAGAUUAGAAACAAACAAUGAAGCGAAUUAGUACAAAAAAAUAUGUGGCUUUUCUAAUCAUGUAAUGCACAAUUAUGAAAUUGUAUAUCAAUGUUCUUUAUUGGUCAAAUUGUAAAAUGUAAGAAAUGCUUCUACGAUCAAGCUUCGUCUUAUAUAAAAUUGAUUAAUGAAAAUAAAAUGUUGCCAUUUGAAAAGAAGAAAAUAAAAAAAUACAUAAUCAGAUUA